UGUAAACCCAUUUCAGUUAUAUCAAAGACAUAGGUUUCUUGAAUCAUUUACUAUCUAAAGUUUGCAACUUUAUUAUAGAAAUUGAGCAUUUCUUGGAUUUUCUUGAUAUGUGGUGAAUAAAGUUAUUAUUUUUAGUUGAUAUAACAUCAAAAUUAGUUGAAAUUACAUCUGGGUAUUGAUGGAUACUUUGUUAAGAACACAUAGUUGUUUUGAAUUUCUACACCCAGUUAAUAGAUUUGCAGGAAAUUUGAAUACUUUUAGUACAUGUAAGUCUCAAGUUCAUGACUUUAGAUUUGGCCCCAAAAAAUCGAAUUUUAAAUGGGGACAUAAAGAUUAUGUUAAGGCAAGCAGUAGUGCUCUUUUAGAGCUUGUUCCUGAAAUCAAGAAAGAAAAUCUUGAAUUUGAGCUUCCUAUGUAUGAUUCCGCAAAGGGUCUUGUGGUGGAUUUAGUGGUGGUUGGUGGUGGUCCUUCGGGCUUAGCUGUUGCUCAACAAGUGUCUGAGGCUGGGCUUACUGUGUGCUCGAUUGACCCGUCCCCUAAGUUGAUUUGGCCUAAUAAUUAUGGUGUUUGGGUUGAUGAGUUUGAGGCUAUGGAUUUGUUAGAUUGUUUGGAUACUACUUGGUCAAGUGCGGUUGUUUACAUUAAUGAUAAUUCGACAAAGAGUCUUAAUAGACCUUAUGCGAGGGUUAAUAGAAAAGAACUUAAGACGAAGAUGUUACAAAAGUGUAUAACAAACGGAGUUAAGUUUCAUCCAGCGAAAGUAAUUAAAGUCAUUCAUGAAGAAUUCAAAUCUUUGUUGAUUUGCAACGAUGGUGUCACGAUUCAGGCGACGUUGGUUCUUGAUGCUACUGGCUUUUCAAGAUCACUUGUUCAGUAUGACAAGCCUUAUAAUCCCGGGUACCAAGUAGCAUAUGGUAUUCUAGCUGAAGUAGAAGAACACCCUUUUGAUGUCGAUAAGAUGCUCUUCAUGGAUUGGAGAGAUUCACAUCUUAAUAACAAUCCUGAAGUUAAAGAAAGAAAUUCAAAGAUUCCAACUUUUCUUUACGCGAUGCCAUUUUCAUCCACUAGAAUAUUUCUUGAAGAAACUUCACUUGUGGCUCGCCCUGGGCUAAAAAUGGAAGAUAUACAAGAAAGAAUGGUGUGUCGGUUAAAGCAUUUGGGUAUAAAGGUGAAAAGCAUUGAGGAAGACGAGCGUUGUGUGAUCCCAAUGGGUGGCCCGCUUCCCCUGUUACCUCAAAGAGUUCUUGGAAUAGGUGGCACGGCAGGGAUGGUGCAUCCUUCCACUGGAUAUAUGGUUGCAAGAACUUUAGCUGCCGCCCCAAUUGUUGCAAAAUCAAUAAUUCAGUAUCUCAAUUCUGAAAAAUUGAUGCUGGGAACUGAUUUAUCAGCAGAAAUUUGGAGGGAUUUGUGGCCAAUAGAGAGAAGACGACAACGAGAGUUCUUUUGUUUUGGUAUGGAUAUCUUGCUUAAACUCGACUUGGAAGGGACAAGAAGGUUUUUUGAUGCGUUUUUUGAUUUAGAACCUCGUUAUUGGCAUGGGUUUCUGUCAUCAAGAUUGUUUCUGCCAGAGUUAUUGACAUUCGGGCUUUCUCUUUUUGCUCAUGCUUCUAAUACUUCUAGGAUAGAGAUCAUGGCAAAAGGAACUCUGCCAUUGGCAACCAUGAUCAACAAUUUAGUUCAAGAUCGAGAAUAGAUAUCACGAUUCAUACUUAUAUACUUGUAAGCUUUCACUCUUUUACCCAUUUCAAUACUAUCAUUGCUGUUGUAUGUUUCA